CAGUCUCCUUAUCCAGUUGCACCCUACAAGGCUAAACGCAACAAUCCAUGCAUCGGAUCUCCAGAUACUCUUUUCAACUCUCUCAACGUAUCCAUGUUACAUCCGGGAACCGGAUCCAAUCGAGCUCCUCAAUCUCUUUCCGAUAUUUGUUUCCUUUUCCUUUGUCGCAGACCGAGUCUCGCGGUUUGUGCCUGCUGGAAGAGUGGUGUCGGAUCGAACCUUCUUCCUCUUGGGCUGAGACUGGGAGUUGACGGCGUUUUCGACAUCUGUGCUAGCUGAAGUAGGUGGCAGCAGGGUGUUUGAUUCGGCCUUUUUCUUCUUGGGCUGCGACUUGACCGCGUUUCCGGUAUCCUUGUCGGUCGAGAGGGGUGGUCGAGGGGCGUCUUCCUGGGCCUUUUUCUUCCUGGACUGGGAUUGAGACUUGCCAGCGUUUCCAGGGGUUUCGUAGGUCUCAGGUGUUGAUAGAGCGGUACCUGUCUGUCCUUUCCUCUUCUUGGACUGAUUACCCGUCUUGUUGGCGUCUUCGGUUAUAUGCCUUGACGCAGCGUCAUCAUCAUCCGAGUCCUUACCUCCCAUGUUCGCUGAACGAUGAACCGCAAUGCUAUCGACGGCCUUGCUAGAUCGCCUCGUCAUCGCAUUCGGGAUGGUACCAAGUUGCUCGUGAACCACAUUUCCCUGGGACCUAGUGCGUUUCGAAGAGGCUUUGGUAGUGGACUUCAUGCGAGCCUCCAACUCUUGGGCCAUGUUCGAGAUCUCUUCGGGUUCGCUCGAGAAUGUGGAAGAGGUUCGUCGUGAGUUGUUGUUCGAUUCACCAUGGGGAAUUUGGAACGGCGCGGGAGUAGUGUAAGUGCUCACGAAGUUUCCCGGGGAUGAAUGCUCGGUCUCGAUCGGAUGAGCGUUGGGAAAAUCUUCCAACCAAACCUUCUCCGUAGUGCUGCGCCUAGGACGCUUGGGGGGCUCAGUGAAAUCUGGCGACUCGGGAACCUCUUGCGGCGUUUCAGGUGAAGAAUGGACAGUGGCGUCCUGGAAUGGACGUUUGUUCUUGAUGGAAUGAUUGCUAGAAGAAUCUUCCAACCAAACUUUCUCAGCGGUACCGCGCCUAGGACGAUCAGGGGGCUCAAUGAAUUCUGGCGACUCGGGAAUCUCUUGCGGCGUUUCAGGCGAGGAAGGGACAGUAUUGUCCUGAAACGGGCGUUCGGUCUUGACGGGAUGAGUGCUAGACAGACCUUCCAUCCAAACCUUCUCCUCGGUACUGCGUCUAGGACGAUUGGGGGGUUCGACUACCUUUUGAGAUCCGGGAAACUUUUGUGGGGUCAUAGGGAGGGGAGGGACAGUAGCGUCCUUGAAGUCCAGACCGAGACCUUGACCUUUGGCAGAGGCUUUGGUCCCUGACCGGGUAUUCUUGGUGGAAGAAUGUGGCGUAGUGGAAUCCCUACCGAGACCCUUACCUUUGGCAGAGGGUUUGAUCUCGGAUCGGGUAUUCCGGGGAAUGGGAAGUGGCGUGGUGGAACUUACACUAUGCAUACUAUCCUCCACGACCGAGCCAUCAUCCUCCGCAUCAUCCAUGAUCUUAUCCUUUCCCUUGUUCUCCUGAGAACCUAUUACCUUCGCCUUACCUUUGCCCACCUGCUCCAUCUCCUCGAUCUGGUUCGUACCGCCCGAGAUCUCAUCCCGAGCUGCCUUUCCGACCAUGUCCUUCUUAGUUUCAGCAUUCGAUUUACCAAUCGCCGCCUUUCCUUUGGGAUUACCUUUAGCAACCCCAGUUCCGCUUGCCUUGGUCUUCGUCGCACUAGACCCCUUCCGCUGCCUCUUCGGAGGUGGCGAUGGGGAUUCAUCCUCGCUCCCAUCCGAGUACUUUCCGGGUUUGUAAGUCGCGUUCGCCUUCUUAGCAGCAGACUUCCUAGCCGGCUUCUUCUUCGGUGUCGCCUUCGGUGUCGUCUUCGGUGUUGCCUUCGGCUUGGUGGGCGUCUUGGGAGGCUUGGUAUCAUCGAUCUUGAGAGUCGCCUUCUUGCGGGGAGCUUCGUCAGUUGCUAUGGGCUCAGUUCCCUCGAAGGGUGUCGAGCGCAUAUCAGACGUUGGGAAGUAACCCGAGACCGGAACAGUUGAAUUUGUAGGUUUGUCCAGUAGCGGGUGAGUACGCAUGAAGGAUCCGCCAUCGCCGCGCUGGGCAUCUUCGGUUUGAACCUUAUCGACAACAGUCUUGAGCUCGCGUGGAACAGAUUCCUGGCUCACAAUCGAUGGAUGGUUGUUCUUCGGCGGUGACACUCCCAUCGAUUCGUUCUCAUAAAAGCCAGGUGUAGGCGUAGUUUCCUUCUGUUCGCGAGAUACUUUUGCACCGGCAGCUCCUACAUUAUCCUGGUCGUACUGAAAUGGGUUGGGCGGAAGCUCAGCUGCAUCCUCAACGAUCUUUGGAACAGACUCCUGGCUCGCCACCUGCGACGGAGUGUCUUCGGAGCGCUUCAAUUGGAGUCCAGAGCGAGCUGAUUCAGCUAGUUGAGCUAAGAGCAACGAGCCAUCACCUUGGGACUCUUUCUGAGCAGGUUCCUCAUCUGCUUCGGCUUCCUCUGACUCCUUUGGUGCAGUGGUCUCCUUAGACUCGACUGUUGUGUCAUCUUUUCCAUUCUCUGCCUUUGAGUUGACGGCGGGAGGAUCGAUCUCCAUUUCAUCUGCCUCGGAGGAGGCCUCGUUGAUACCAGUCUUCUGAGCCUCUCCGUUAGUGUCUUUAGUCUUCAUCGCGUUAUAACGAAAACUUACAUUUGUAGCGACGUCCUGGGGCUUUGCAUUUGUCUCCACUUCUCGAGAUGGUGGUUCGAUGUUGGCCUCUGGAGAUUCCAAGUCCACUGGGACAUCGUGGAACUCUUCGAUGAAAUCGGCGUCCUGGGGAACUGCAUUGAUCUCCUCCUGAGGCUUCACACUGGAAUCAGUUACAGGGGAACCUGCGAUCAUCUCGUCCUUCUGAGGUGGUGCAAUAGUCUCAGCAUCUUGACGCUCCGAGAUUGUGCCGCCCUCCUCAGAUGAAGCAAGUGAGUCGGUCUCUUGGUGCAAUGGAGUUGUACGGGUGUUUUGAAGCUCCACGGCCGCAUUAACUUCCUCAAGAUCAGCAACUGCUCCAGCUUCCUGGGGGACUGCAGCUGUGGCGGACUCCGCAAGUUCCAUGUCGACAUCGGUAUUCUCAGACGCUUUGGCCGGCUCAUUCAAGAUACCAGGAAGCAAAGAUAUGUUCUUGAACAGAUUCACUGCAUCAUCGUGGGUAGCAGCAUCGUGGGCAGCAUCAUCAGUCUGCAUCUGCUGAAGCUUUUCGAGAUCAUUGUUGGGAGGCGCAUCGUUGUUGCUCUGAGCCUGAACAGAGGGUGGCAAAGGAAUCGUAGCUGAUCCUGCAUCCUUGGAUGCGCGUUGAAAGUUUUCUUCGUCUACCGCGGAGCCCUGGGGCUGCUGCGGUGGAGGCACUGGGAACUUCGGAAAUUCGAUCGGAGCAUACGGGCCACUUGUAGCUGCAAGCAAAUUGGCAUUUCCUAUCAAUGACUCCAUGAGAGCAUCCGUACCUUGGUUCGCAGGGGAUGGAUCAGGAACAUGAUCGUUCUGGGUAGCACUCGUAUCAACUUGGUGCUCCUCAGAGCUGCUAUCCGCAGACUCGGCAUCAGGUGUAACUUGAUUGAUGGGAGCCACUUCCUCAGGCUGGGGACGUGCAGAAUCAGCCGGCGUCGAAGAAUCGAUCUCCAUGGGAUCCGAAGUCUGAACGGCAUUGCCAUGAUCAGCCACUACAGCGGGUGAAUCCUGCUCAAACCCAGAGAUUCCAGGCCCGACUGGAGGAGACCUCAGGGAAGACGAGUGUCUCUUGUCCGGACCGUGCCGCAAAACCAUCCAUUAUUUCCAAGAACUCCUUAUUCGCUCGCUGCUGAUCCUCGGGAGUGGGCUGAUAGAUUUCGCCCUCAGGUAUGACGUGCGGAAUCUCAUAAGAAAUUGGCCCUGCGAAAUCGAAAAAUGUGGAGGAGCCGUCGGCUUCCGUGGUGUUCCGAUUGUCGCCAAGUAUCUCGUUGUUCAGCGCCUGGAAUGUCGCACGCAGACUCUCGGCUGUGAUUGCAGUUGGUGGAUUUGGUAUGGUGGUCGUGGCAGGCAUUCCACCUUCACCACGGUUUUGCGACAAGGCAUUGAUAUGUCCAGGGAAAGGUGUAGUCAUCGCAGGCAUUCCGCUUGCACCGUAGCUUUGCAUAAAAGCGUUGAUAUGUCCAGGGAACGGUGUGGUCAUCGCAGGCAUUCCACCUUCGCUACGGCUUUGCAUCGAGGCGUUGAUAUGUCCAGGGAACGGUGUGGUCAUCGCAGAAAUUUCGCCUUCACCAUGGUUUUGCAUCAAGGCGUUGAGAUGUCCAGGGAACGGUGUGGUCGUGGCAGGCAUUCCACCUUCAUUACGGCUUUGCAUCAAGGCGUUGAUAUGUCCAGGGAACGGUGUGACCAUCGCAGACAUUCCGUCUCCACCGUGGUUUUGCAUCAAGGCAUUGGUAUGUUCAGUAUUUGGUACGGCUGCCUCAAGACACGAGUAAUCUAACUGCAGAUCGGAAUCCUUAUACGGUAUACCAUUGCGGUCCACAGGGCGCAAAUUCACCACAUCAGGGUCGAUGGUAGGAUUCUCCUUGGACAAAGGAUGGUCAAGGCCCUUCUGCGCCUGAGCGAGCGCGGUAUACGGAGAAGGCGUCUCAUCAGCGCCAUCCUUGAAGUUUCCCCACGGAUACGCAACCUCUUUGGCCCAGUCGAACUCGUCGAUUGCCUGCAUGCCAUCUCCGUCACUACUAUUUAACAGCGUCAUGAAGUCGGCGUCGUACUUGUAGAAGUUGGGAUCCUGCGUGCCGCCGAUGAAACUCCCGUCGGGCAAAUCGUACGGCAGGUUCUUCUCCACGUGCCAGUUGCGCGUGUUGGACGGCUCCAUGAAGUUGGGGGCGCUGCGGGUGUAGACGGUGGAAAGAUGCUCGUCGUGGAUGCCACAGUCGUCGCGGCCACAGUGCUCAUGCGGGAUGCUUGCAGAAGGCAGGUCCGCGACAUACGGCUCGUCUUGGCGUCGCUCAUUGGGGUUGCGAAGCAAGCCGGAUGUCAGGUCUGGGCCGGUGUCUUCGGGCGCGAGAGUCGGGUCCGCCAUGGCGGACGACAGUGCGCGGUUGGAUGUGUUGCGCGGUCGUGACGGGGCCAUCAGACAAGCACAGACAGCGGCGUUGAGUGAAGAGAGAAGGUGUGUGAGGUGAAGAGGUGAAGAUGUGGAUAGAGAAGGUGUAUGAGGAGAAGGUAUGCGGGGUGAAAAGGUGGGUAGUGACAGUGUAUGAGGUGAAAAGGUGGACAGACUGAGACGGAUCCUCGACAAGCGAUGUCCUCAACCAGCCGUGCCGAAGCAGACAGAAAGACACCGAAGAAGAGACGGACAC